AUUUUUGAGGCAGGUUGGGGGAGAGAUGCCGCGUCCAGGUCGAGCUUCUUCCAAGGGAAAGGAUAAAGAUGCCAAGCAGGGCACCAAAUACAAGGAUGAGAGUGAGAGUAGUGACUCGGAGGAAUGGGAUGAGGAAGAGGAUCCAGAUAAUAUGAAUGUGCCAGGAGGAGGCACUACCCUGGGUGUGCUGAAAGGAGAAGAUAACCCAGUGAAAAAAGAAGGCAUUGGAGACUUGUCAUCCUCAGGGGCAAGCAGCUCUGGCCUUGGUCUUCAGUCUCUUCUUGGGGCAGCACAAGCAGAUCUGAAACCCAAGCCAGACUUACUCAGUACAGCACUGUCCUCAUCAGGGCUUGAGGGGAUGGCAGGUGCUGCAGGAUUACAGAAUCGUGCCGGGCUUCAGCAGCAACUUUUGCAGCGAGGGUUGGUCACCAAGUCAGCAUAUUCACCUGGAUAUCAAGUUCUUCGCCCAGAUGGCCACAUUCAACCCAGAGCAGAUGUGCCGGUAUCUCUACCGGGCCUUGGUCUGGGUUACAAUCCAGCGCUGACGGCAGCGAGUAUGGGUAUGAUGGGCAACCUGGGCAUGAUGGCAGGCAACCCUCUCUCAGCCAUGCAGUCCUUAAUGGCCAUGCGUUCUCCUGGUCUUGACAUGAGCAACCCUGUGAUUGCACAGCUCAUGAUGCAACAGGCAAUGUCAAUGUCACAGACAGGAGCUCCUCAGAUGCAGAAGCUGAUGGGCUUGUAUCCUGGGCUUGCUAGCAUCAUGGAAAUGAUGAAAUACUAUGCUCCCCCACCACCUCCACCCCAGGCCCAUAUGGUAAAUCCUUUGAUGCUAAGCCAGCCUGCCCAGGAGGAGGACAUGGAAGAGGAUGAGAACAUGGGUGUUGCUGAAACAUAUGCUGAUUACAUGCCUUCCAAAUUGAAGGUUGGCAUCAAGCACCCGGACCAAGUAGUGGAGACAGCCUCCAUGUCUUCAGUGGAGCCUCCAGACGUGUGGUACAAGAUGGACAUUCCUCAGUCAUGCAUUGAACCUGGGAAACUGUCUGCACUUCAGCUUGAGAGCAUCACCUAUACUUGUCAGCAACAUGAACAUUUCCUCCCUGAUGGAACACGGGCUGGCUUUCUCAUUGGUGACGGUGCUGGUGUGGGUAAGGGACGCACAAUUGCAGGAAUUAUCUAUGAAAAUUACCUCAAGGGUCGCAAGAAGUCUAUCUGGGUAUCUGUUUCUAAUGAUCUCAAGUAUGAUGCUGAAAGGGAUUUGAAGGAUAUCGGUUCAUCCCACAUCCAGGUUAAUUUUCUUAGCAAGAUGAAGUACGGCAAGAUAAACUCUGACCUUAAUGGUAAUGUGAAGAAGGGUGUGCUGUAUUCUACUUACUCAGCUCUAAUUGGGGAGUCAUCAAGUGGGCAGGGCAAAUACAAGACCCGACUAAAGCAGAUACUCAACUGGUGUGGAGAUGACUUUGAUGGCUGUAUUGUAUUUGAUGAAUGCCACAGAGCCAAGAAUUUGAGUCCAGUUGGAUCUGGAAAGCCUACAAAGACUGGCUUAACUGUGUUGGAGUUGCAGACCAGAUUGCCUAAAGCAAGGGUGGUGUAUGCCUCAGCCACAGGUGCCUCUGAGCCCAAAAAUAUGGCAUAUAUGGUCCGGCUUGGCAUCUGGGGCAAGGGCACUCCCUUUCCAGAGUUCAGUGACUUUAUCAGUGCUGUGGAAAAGAGAGGUGUUGGUGCUAUGGAGAUUGUGGCAAUGGACAUGAAGCUGCGUGGGAUGUACAUUGCUCGUCAACUCAGUUUUCAUGGAGUAGCAUUUAGAAUAGAGGAAGUUCCUUUAGAUGAAGAUUUUCAGCACAUGUAUGAUGAAUCUGUGAAAUUGUGGGUAGAUGCCCGACAGAAAUUCCAGGAGGCCUCAGAGUUGAUCAAUGCUGAGAAGGGUAUGAAAAAGUCAAUGUGGGGGCAAUUCUGGUCGUCACAUCAACGCUUCUUCAAGUACCUGUGUAUAGCAUCAAAGGUGGAACAUGCUGUGAGGUUAGCGAGAGAUGCUGUCAAGACCAACAGGUGUGUGGUGAUUGGCCUUCAGUCAACUGGAGAAGCCCGUACUCUGGAACAGCUUGAAAGGGAUGAUGGAGAACUCUCUGACUUUGUUUCCACUGCCAAAGGUGUUUUGGAGACACUUGUGGAGAAGCAUUUUCCAGCUCCAGAUAGGAACCGUAUCAAUAAGAUUUUAGGAAUCUCAGAAACCAGCAAGGAAUUCAAAGAUAUUAUUGAUGAGGUCACUGGUAAAACCUCCAAGAGGAAACCAGUACGCCAGGCAGCACAACGAGCAGCCAAGAAAAGAUUCAAAGACCUUCACUCAGAUAAUGAGGAGGACUCUGAUUUUGAGAUGUCAGGUGAGAGUGGUGCAGAGGAAGAGGAUGAGGAUAUUUAUUCCUCUGAAGCCUCAUCAGAGUUUUCAGGGAUCAGUGACUACGAUGAUGAAGAGAACUGGGGCCGUCCCAAAAAACGAGGGCGGCCGCCAAAGAACCACAAGCAGAAAAAUGGGAAGGGUCGGGAGAAUGGAGAGAAGCCUCCUCCACCUCCAAGGGACCAUGUGGAGAAGGCAAACAAGCUGAAGACUGACCUCCUAAAAUCCAUUGAAAAUUUGGGCCGCAAGCUUCCGCCUAACACCCUUGACCAACUGAUAGAUGAACUGGGUGGGCCGGAGAAUGUAGCGGAGAUGACUGGGCGCAAGGGUCGUGUUGUGCAGAGUGACGAUGGCCAGGUCACAUAUGAGUCUAGGUCUGAGGCUGAUGUGCCUCUGGAAAUCUUAAAUAUUAGGGAGAAGGAGAGGUUCAUGGCUUCAGAAAAGGACAUUGCUAUCAUCUCAGAGGCAGCCAGCUCUGGUAUCUCCCUACAGAGUGACCGCAGAGUAGUCAAUCAGAGGAGAAGAGUUCACAUAACCCUUGAGCUGCCUUGGUCAGCUGAUAGAGCAAUCCAGCAGUUUGGUCGCACUCACAGAAGUAACCAAGUUAACGCUCCAGAAUAUGUGUUCCUUAUCUCAGAGCUUGCUGGAGAACGAAGAUUUGCAUCCAUUGUAGCGAAGAGAUUAGAGAGCUUGGGAGCAUUGACGCAUGGUGACAGAAGAGCCACUGAGUCAAGGGAUCUCUCUUCCUUCAACAUUGACACCAAAUAUGGUCGCAUGGCCCUCGAGUCCACCAUGAAGACCAUGAUGGGCUAUGAGCACCCUAUAGUUCCUCCCCCUGAUGACUACAAGGGUGACUUCUUCUCUGACAUCCAGAAUGCCUUAGUCGGGGUGGGAAUGAUUCUCAAGGAGGAUAGCAUAUACCAGUUGGACAAAGAUUAUAACAAUAUGAGUAAAUUCCUCAACAGGAUAUUAGGCAUGCCGGUAGAAUUACAAAAUAGGUUAUUCAAAUACUUCACGGACACUCUUAAUGCUAUAGUUUCCCAGGCCAAGAGGACAGGGAAAUAUGACAUGGGCAUUCUAGAUUUGGGAAUUGGAGGUGAGGGUUGCCGGAAGACCAAGACUAAAACCUGGGUUGGAAAGCAUGUGACAGGCACAGCCAAGACAGAGCUCCACACUGUCCUGGUAGAACGUGGUCUGUCAUGGGCAGAGGUCCAGGAGAAGUGGGCAGAGCUUGCUGGAGACUUGGAAGGCUUCUACCUCUCUCACCAGGUGAGAAACAACAAGAAGACAGCUGUAUUGGCUGUUCUUGAACCAUCGGCAGGCAACAAAAAGAAGGAAAAGUCCUCCCGUAUGUUCAUCAUCUACAGACCAAACACUGGGAUGCAGAUGAAGCAGGAAGCAUACACAGACCUGAAGAAAAAGUACAAGAAAGUAACCCCAGAUGAGGCUCAAGAGCACUGGGAAGAGCAGUUUAAGGCUUCUAGUCAUAUAUGCUCUCAUGCAUACUGGCAAGGGAAUUGCCGAAGAGUGAACAGUGGAAUGGAAUGUGAGAUUGGCUUGCGGCGCCGGACUUACCAUGUGCUGUGUGGAUUGGUGCUGAAUGUGUGGGCUCGAGUGGAAGAUGUGUUGGCUUCAGCACCCCACUCAGCAGCCACCAAAAUGCAGGUGGUGAGACUAAAAACCAGUGAUGGCAUUAAACUUGUGGGAACUCUCAUUCCAAACAAUUUAGUGGAGCGGCUAUGCAUGGUCAUGGAGGAGGAAAGCACAGAGUCGUUCGAGCAAACCUUCUCUGAUGAUGAAAGCCGUGAUAGUAAAGACAGCAAGGAAUAAUGGCAAGUGUGUUGUAAUAGUGAACAGGAAAUGUGAAAGACUAAAAAAAAAGGGAAUGAUUAAUUUGGAUGUAAGAAAGGAACAAAGAAACCACAAUGUUGGGUGUAUCUCACGGUCACUGCCCAUAAUUAUUACAAAGGCACAAACUCCACACAAAAUCAUUAAAUAACUUAAGUUGUGGAGUGUUGCUGCAGGUUGAUCAAGACGCCCAUCACUCGUGUUCCUCGUGUACCAUGCAAGUGUCCUGGAGAGACUACUGGACUGUCAGGAUAGUGAAGGUAAAGUUGUAUUGUGAUUCUGUGUUACUUUUAAAUAAGUUGUACAACAUCUGAUUGAAUAAUGUAAAGUGUACUCCAGUUCUGGACAGCUUUCACAUAGUGAUUGAAUGCUGAAGAAAUCAGGCUGUCAGUAGGUGUGACCCAUUGGCCUUACCUGAUGCUACAGGCUCACGGGUCACGCUCUAGGAUGACACCUGUUACUUAGGCAAGUUACCUGUUAGGUUAUCACCACUACUGAGCCGCUCCCACUUAUUUAUGGAUGUGUAGUGUACCUGCUGUUAAGCCAAGGACCACUCUAUUUUAGAAAUGAAAAGUACAGUAGAUAUAAAUUUUAGUGGAGGAUUGUAGAUUUUCAUAGAAUUUGGCACUUGGUAAUUUGCAUUGUGUAUUAUGUGUGCACAAAUUACUGUAUGUUGCCUCUCAAUAUUACACUUGUAUGAUUGAGUCAUGAUAUUUUAUUCGUAGGGUAUUUAGUACCAGUCCAACAUUGCAUCACGUUAGGUUUAAAGUCAUUUCACUUCCUUAAUUUCUUUCUCCAUCUAUAUUUAUUUUGAUAGAGGUUUAAUGGACUUCUCAUUCAUCUAGAUAUUAUUUCAUAACUGAGUUUGAUGUAUAUAUUUAUAAAUGCAUUUUUCAUACUUUGUAUAAAGGUAUAUAGUUACUUCUAGGAAUCAAUUGAUUUUUUUUAGUCUGACUAUAGACAAGUUUACUGAUAUUGUUAAUUUGCCCAAUUAUAAUUCAAAAUGCACAUCUGUAGAAGUUGAGAGUUUAUCUUUUUCAGUGAUAGCUUCUUCAGUACCUUCAAUACAGGCAGUGCAGUGGAUGUGGAUAACUGAUGGUCACCAGACAGGCAUCAGCAGGUACUCAGCAUCAGUUUACAGGGCAUUUUCCAAAGUAUUGUACAACAUGAUCUCGUAUGACCUGAGCACGAACGUUGCAGCCGAAGUCCUGGAGCUCUGUCCGUAGCUUUUUUGUACCAGGAUGAUGCAGGUGAUUGGCUACAGUGAUUUCCUCAGUAAAAACGGGUCUUCAUCAAUUGUACAGCUUACAGUAGUCAAAGUUGUGUUGCAGUGGGCGUUGUGGUGCACGUAGAGCUCCAGGGUCGGCUGCCAAGCAUACGGUGUCGAUGACGCAACAGUGUAGAUAGUACAAGUGGUACCACAACAGCAACUGGCAGCAGGAGGGAACACAACUAAAUUUGUUAUUGUUUUAACAAUACCUCGGAGUAGCUUUUUAUGUUUGGUAGAUGCUUUGUAGAGCACAUUAGUAAAACUAUAAAACUCUGUUUGUUUUUAGUGUACCAAAGUAGUCUAGGUGGUUGUGGAGGCAGCAGGUGAGCUUUAUCCCUCCUGCUGACAAGUGCAGUGUUAGGUGUUCUUCCAUGUGAGUCAUUGUGAUUAGGUCAGUCAUGCCAUUCAUACCAUAUCUUGGUCACUUCCUUCACCAGUGGGCAGGUUAAUUUUCUAGGCUUAACCAAAUGUAACCCUUUGUCACAAAACUAAUUAUUUUCAGUAUUAUUUGUCAGUCUCAUACAGACAUUCUUGAUGUGUCGGAUGUCAUCUGGCCAACGUCAGGAUAUAGGGUUGCUUUUUUCAGAUCUCAUUCAUGAUUUAUAAAAUGUCUCAACUUCGCAGUUCAUCGUGCUGUACAUUGUAUACGAAUUGCCCUCAUCAGAAAUUGAAGCAUUUGGCUGAUGGAGAAGUUACAGGAUUUAGUUUUUUUAAGAGGAACACCUUCACUGGAGUUCUGCGCAGUAGUAACCUUGAACAUUCCCCAUCGGUCAACUGCAACAGGACACAACCAACGUAAGGACUGUACUUACACUGUACUGUACCAAACUGUUAGGUAAACAUGUAGAAGUCAAUAAUACUUGGAUAUUUGUU